UAGAGUGAAUUUUCCUUGCCUUAGUCAUGAUAUCACAUCUAGCUUGUCAGAAAGAGUUCUUCAAAGUCAUAGAAAUGAGCAACUCUUGGCCUCAGAGAAAAAAGGAAGAAAAACCCAGCACCCGUGAGUUCUGCCAUUGAAUCAUGGAGUCACCAUCCCAGGACAAAAAGGCAGCUCGUGUCGUCACCAUACAACCAAAGGAAACCAUAUUUACUGCAUUACCCUAUAGACCUCAUAGCUCUCUGCUUGAGUUCCUGAGGGGAGAGCCAAAAGUCUUGGGGGUUCUCCAGAUCAUGCUUGGUCUGAUCAUUAUAGGCUUUGGAAUGAUAUUUGUAUUUAAUUUCCUUAUUUUCUCCCAAGGAUUUCCCCUCGUUUUCCUCACAGGAUAUCCAUUCUGGGGAGCAUUAAUUUUUAUUCUUACAGGAUACCUCACAGGAAUUGAUGAGAAAUCAACAAAAAUUCUGGGACAAGGUGUCAUGAGCAUGAAUGUUAUCAGUUCCCUGGUUGCGGUGGCUGGGAUCACGCUGACUAUUGUCACCUAUAGACAUCAAUACAACUACUGCCAGAGGCCUUCCCUGGAAGGAAUAUGUGUGUUUGGGACAACACUUUUCGUUGUUGUGUUUUUCUUGCCUUCGGAUAUUCCUCAAGAUAGCGAACAACCUGGCCCAGAACAAAAUGCUCAAUUACAAUUUGAGCUUCAAGAAGGGCCUUUCAUUGAUGAUACAACAAUGAACCUACAACCCGUUUUCUUUGGAGGCUAUGCUUUCUUCAAGUUAAGAAUCACAAGAAAUUCUUUAGCCUCCCAACCCAGGUCACAAUCAUGUAAUAAAAGUAUUUACCACACAGCAUCUUCAUCUGUGCCAGAUGAACAAGAGCAAAGUAUCCCUCCACCUUCAGAGGAAGAACUUUUGCUUCCAGUUUUAGAAAGAAGGCCCUCAGAACAUAUUAUGCACAUUCAGGAAGACCUUACAUUUGAACAACUGAAAGGUGAAGACCUACAACCUGCUAUUGUUAAACCUUCCAAAAUGCAAACCCAAUUGGCACAGGACCAAGACUUGCCACUCCAAGUUUUGCCAUCCCAUUCUGUACUAAAACUCCAAGAAUUAUCACCUGAAGACUUGCCAGCCCAAGCUCUGCCAGUUCAAGACCUGCUAGUACAAAACAAGCUAUCUAAAUCCCCAUCAUCCCACAGUAUAAAGUCUUUUGACCUGACAACUGAAGACUUGCCCACGCAAUACAUACCAUCCCAAGACACAUCAUCCCAAGACACGCCUUUCCUAGAUGCACUAUCCCAAAACACACCAUUUCAAGACAUGCCUUCCCAAGAUAAGCUAUCCCAAGCUCUGUCAAAAGCCAUGCUAUCUGAAGCUUCAACACCCAAUACUGAGCAGUUCUCUGAUAUGAAAUACCUACUUCAGCAAUCCCCAAAUCUUCACCCACAAAACAUUCAACCUCAAAACCCAGAACUUUUACAAAUACCAUAUGAAGACCUUCGAUCAGAAGUCAUGGAAGAGACCACAAAGUGGGACUCUAAGGAGGAACUCCACAGAAAGAAAUCCUCAGGACGACGACAUUCCUUAGACCAGCAAACCAAAGGCUACCACGCCCCAAGAAGGUAUUCCUUAGACCAGCAAACCCGAAGCUGGCAAUCUCCAAAACAGAAAGCCCUAGACAAGCAAAUCAGAUUCUUGCUAUCCCAACAGAAGCAAUCCCCUGAUAAGCUAAAUCAAUAUCGUCAAACUCCAGAGCAACUCCCAGAUCAGCAGCACGCUGAUGUCUACCAGGCCACACGAAAGCAAACCCCAAAAGAACAGUUCAUAGCUGGGCAAAAGAAGGACCACCAGGCUGAAAAAGAGCAAAGCCCAAAGAAACAAACUCAAGAUCAGCAAGUCAAUGACCAGCAGGCCCAAGAGGAAAAAUCCCUGAAGGGACAAUCCCAAAAUUUUCAAGUCAAAGGACAGCAAGCUCAAGUGAAGAAAGCUCCAAGUCAGCUAUACCAAGAUCAGGAAUCCCAAAUCCAGCAACAAGAAGACUGGCAACCCCCAAAAAGAAAUUUUCAGAAUGUUCAACCCAAGACUGGCAAUCUUUUGGCCCACAGCAAUCUCAGGAAUGGGGAACUCAAAGUCAGAGAAACAAAGAUUGGAAAGCACAAGAAUGGCAAUUUGAAAUGCAACAUUCUCUAAACCAGGACCUCCAAUCUUCGAAAACCCAAGACCUAUUAGAGAAAGAAGCUCAAUUUAAAGACAGUCAGUGUCAAGAUGAGGA